GUUGCUUUUGUAGAAUUGACUUCACCUUAUAAGUGCACUCCGGUUAUUGGGUUCUUUAAAACAUAUUUUUUAGAUAAAGGACUGGUAAACAUAUUUACAAAAGUUUUGUUAAAACUAUAAAAAUAAUAAAACAGUGUAUAUAUAUGACAUGAAUCCCUAAUAAAUAUGAAAACGAAACACAUUGUGUAUAAUGCUUAACACUGCUUUUAAGAAAAAAGACUUUGCUGUCUAUUUUAACACAAACGGUACGUUCUUGUUUACCAGAUUCCUUUUGCAUUGAUAUAAACAAAUGGAUGAACAGGAAGAAAUUCUUCAAAAUAAUAUGAUAUCCAAUUUACCUUUGCUUUUUGCAAAUGGGUAUCCUACAUCAUUAGAAAAAAUAUCUGAGUCACAGUUAGAGAGGUUUAUACCAUUCAUGGUUCAGUGUUCGUUGGGGCAUAUUAACUUACAAGGUCAAGUGGACUGCAGUGAGCCUGAAUGGUGGCCGGAAGAUUUGCCGUUCAAUAUCCCUUUUAAUAAACCUAAAAAGUUUAUUGGAAAUUGGAUACAGAAAUUAAAAGAAGUUGUUUUAAUAUGCUACCAGUUUCAUAAAAGUGUAUUUUUAUUACGAUUCUGCAACGAUUUAUCUUCGUAUGAACACGCUAGUUUAAGAUUUAUAAAUAAUUACAAUUCGACUACUUCAUUAUUUGAUCGAAGAAGUAAUAAACUUCUUGUUACAUUUCGAAAUGAAAAUAUGGAACAUGAGAAAACAUGCAUUGUUGAAGAUGAUGAUGUUAUUUUGUGUGACACUCCAGAAAUAUGUGAUGAUCAACAAUCGGACAAAAAUAAUAUGGAAGAUAAUGAACAACGCAUAGGGUUUAUGUUGAAUUUUAAUUUGCAAUAUAAGUACAAUAAAAUAAAUGAUAGAUGUUACGAUAGUACAUGCAAUACAGGGUCAUCUGAAAUUCUAAAAAAGGAAAGUCAAUUUAUGAUAAUUGAUAAAAAGAAACGGAUAUCUAGAAGAAAUCGUGCUGUACAUUCAGUUUCACGUUGUCCAACAAUUCCUUUAUCUUCUCCUGCAGGCCAGCUUUUAUUAAGAACAACUAAAACUAUUGUUAGUCCUGAGUAUCUGAUAGAACGCCUGGACCGUAUUGAAAGAUUCUGUCAUGUUCCACUAUCGUUAACAUCACGGACAAAGUUUUUGGAAAAGAAAAAUUUUACAAUUAGUACUCACUGCACUUUUAAAAGACCACAGGAGUAUAGCACCCAUUUAUAUAUUUUUCCUCGUCGGCAGUUUUCUCAGAAAAGAAGAAUGGAGAAUAUUUUGCUUAUUAAUUCUACACUGUUAAGGCGAUGUCGUCCAAUAUCAGUAAGAUUAAAGAAAAUUUCUGAUAUAAAUAAUAAGCAAUGUGCAUCAUCUAGUAAUAAAUUAAACAUAAAACUUACUCGCGACAAUUCUCGCAGUUCUAACUGGAAAAUAUCCUCAUGUCCAUCUACAGAAAUAAUAGUAGAUACAAUUGAUUUAUGUACCUCUGAUGAAGAAGACAAUCAAAUUAACGCUUGUGCUACAAAUCAUUCGUUUAUUGCUAAGAGUAGUGUCGAAUCAGACAUAAACACAAACAACAUUAAAUCUUGUAUAAAUCCAUUAGCAAUACAUACAUCAAUAACCCAAAUUAGAAAACAACUAAAUUUAUCUAUGGAAUCUCCUUUAUUAACCAAUAACUUAAAUAGUUCACAUAACGGUAUUGCAAAUUACAACAGUACCUCGUGUUUAUUGCAAAUUAUUCCCAACAAUGAAAAUAAAACAAAAGGGUUGGUAAGAAACAAUAACAGUAUUAACAAGUCUGUUGCAAGCAAUGAAGAUAUUGGGGUGCACAUAAAAAAAUCAUUUCUACCGUCUUUAUAUAUAAUUUCCAAUUGUUCCACAACAUCGCCUCUUACAUUAAACCAAAAUUUGAACACAAACAUCGAUGAAAAUACGGAUUCAAAUAGAUAUAAAUCUAUAACAAAUAGAGCAACUGAUACUGACACGGAAAAUUGGAUAUUAUCUCAACAUAAUGUAAAUAAAGUUCCAAGCAUUGAAGAAAACUCGGUAGGAAAAAAUGAUCUUACAACUUCCAAUACACUUACGGAAAAAGAACAUGGAAAUGAGACAUUACCAUUGCUGUUACACAAAAAUCAUAUAGUAUCAAUAGACUUAACAUCUUGAAUUAAUAAAACAAAUGUUUCUUAUUCUCAUCAUAUCCAUUUUACUUAAGUUUAUUUUCUGUUGUUAAUAUGUAUUUAUAAAGGCCUUAUAAAUAGUAUAAGUUUUUCACUGUUAGUUUUAUUACAAUAUAUUUUCCUCCAAAAUUAAAUUCCAUGAAUACACUGUGCAACAAAUAAAUGUAUCUUGUAUAUGGCCGAUGACAAAUAAAUUAAAAAUAUCAGCAUACCAAAACCUAAA